CGGAGGUGAAGUUAGCGGUAAAUUAGAUGUUUCACAGGAUAGCCACUUUUAGGUUGACAGAAGGGCUGCCACACAGCGAGCCAGGAUUAGUCGAAGGAUUACUUAUUUUGAGCUGUAACAUUAGGUGCUGUAUUAUACCACGUCAAGGUCAGAGCUGAGACUGAGUGCUCUGGAAAGCACGGGAGAAGGCGGCCACAUGAUCCUGCUCGGAGAAAACAGAGCCCGCUUACAGAGGGCAGCUCUCGGGCUCUGCUAGUGGCAUUGCAGCUGCUUGCCAUUUGGUGUCCAGCACUGGGCGCUCCUCUGGCAGUGACUGGGGGUGACACGGGGGCUCCCACUGCCUGUAUCAACAGCCAAUUGUUGCAUACCUCAUGGAUUAGUGGCCCUGUCGACGCAGUGCCGUUGGCUUCUUAAAAUAGAGACAGAGGGACACUCAAGGAAGUAAAAGCGCAUCCAACCGUGGCAGGAGCCUCAUAGUUUGAGAGGAGCGAUCAGGAGUCACCCCCUAAAGGUACACCCUGGACAGAGACUCACAUCGGGCUAGAGAGAACCGCACAGGCCAGGCAUGGCGUUGACCAGUUCUGAAGACAUGCCGCGGCAGUUCCCCAAGAUUUCCCUGAGUGAGGUAGAUGAGGAGGUACGGCUGUUAGCCGAGAAGGUUUAUGCCUCAGCGCUGAAGGAGGAAGACACCAAGGAUGCCCUGUCCAUGUUCUCAGUCCCCGAAGACUGCCCCAUCGGCCUACAGCAAGCCAAGGACUACGAGCUGCUGAAGGAAAUUGCUGAGCAGCAAUCAGAAGAGAGUGCCAAAAGGAAGAAGAGUUUCAAGUUGAUCCGAUCACAGUCGAUGUCCCUUCAGAUCCCAGUCAGUACAGACUGGACCUUUUCUGUGGUAUCUCCUCUGCUUUCUCCUGCCUCGACGUGCCCUUCUCUUCCUGACAACAUCCCAGAAUUCCAGAGGGUUACCAUCAGCGGCGAUUACUGUGCUGGCAUCACAGUUGAGGACUAUGAGCAGGCAGCCAAGAGCUUGCUGAAAGCCCUAUUCAUUCGGGAGAAAUACGCAAAGCUUGCCUAUCACCAGUUUCCAAGGACCACCACUCAGUUCCUCCGGAGUGCUGAAAAUGAGAAGUGGAGGGAAGAAGAUGAAGUGCUACCAGACAUCUGCCCUUGCCCUGAGGAGGGGGAGGACCCGUACAGCAUGGUGGACAUCCCAGAGAAUUUAAAUUACGAGCUGAAGAUGAAAGACGGUAUCAUCAAUGUUUACGACAGUGCUGAGACCCUGAAGCUGCAGCGGGCCCACAGCCUUCCCUAUCCUGACCUGGAGACCUUUGCCAUUGACCUCAGCCAUGUCCUGGCCAUGAUCGCUGAUGGACCCACGAAGACAUACUGCCACAGACGCCUCAACUUCCUGGGAUCCAAGUUCUACUUGCAUGAGAUGCUGAAUGAGAUGGCGGAGCUCAAAGAGCUGAAGGGGGUGCCUCACCGAGAUUUCUAUAACGUCAGGAAGGUUGACACACAUAUCCAUGCAGCAGCCUGCAUGAACCAGAAGCAUCUGCUCCAGUUCAUCCAGAACACCUACAAGAUGGAGGCAGACCGAGUGGUACAGCAAAAGGGAGGGAAGAAGAUGACCCUCAAGGAGGUCUUUGAUAAUCUGAACAUGGACCCCUAUGAUCUCACUGUGGACUCCUUGGAUGUGCAUGCUGGCAGACAGACAUUUCAUCGGUUUGAUAAAUUCAAUUCCAAAUAUAAUCCAGUGGGGGCCAGUGAACUCAGAGAGAUCUACUUGAAAACUGACAAUCACAUUCAAGGGGAGUACUUUGCACGUCUUAUUAAGGAAGUGGCUCACGACUUGCAGGAGAGUAAAUACCAGUAUGCAGAACCGCGGCUUUCCAUCUACGGCCGGGCCCCAGAGGAGUGGGAGAACCUGUCCAAGUGGUUUAUUCAGCACCGGGUGCAUUCACCCAGCAUGAAAUGGGUCAUCCAGGUGCCAAGGAUUUAUGACAUUUUCAAGUCCCGAAAGUUAAUACCUAACUUUGCAAAGAUGCUGGAAAAUGUCUUCCUCCCUCUUUUUGAGGCCACCAUUAACCCUCAAAAGCACAAAGAGCUGCAUGUCUUCUUGAAAUAUGUGACAGGUUUUGACAGUGUAGAUGACGAGUCCAAGCACAGUGACCACAUGUUCUCCUACAAAAGCCCCAAACCCGAAGAGUGGACCAUAGACAGCAACCCACCUUAUAGUUACUACCUCUUCUACAUGUACGCCAACAUCAUGGUGCUCAACAACCUCCGGAAGGAGCGAGGCCUCAACACCUUUCAGUUCCGGCCGCACUGCGGUGAGGCAGGCUCCAUCACUCACCUGGUCUCGGCCUUCCUGACCGCCGAUAACAUAUCCCACGGCCUCAACCUGAAGAAGAGCCCCGUGCUGCAGUAUCUAUACUACCUGGCCCAGGUGCCUAUCGCCAUGUCCCCGCUCAGCAACAACAGCCUUUUCCUGGAGUACUCCAAGAACCCGCUGAGGGAGUUCCUGCACAAGGGGCUGUGUGUGUCCCUGUCUACUGAUGACCCCAUGCAGUUCCACUACACCAAGGAGGCGCUGAUGGAGGAGUACGCCAUCGCAGCACAACUGUGGAAGCUCAGCACAUGUGACGUCUGCGAGAUCGCCAGGAACAGCGUGCUGCAGAGCGGCCUCUCGCACCAGGAGAAGAAGCACUUCCUGGGAGUGAACUACCUGAAGAACGGGCCGGAGGGAAACGAUAUCCGGCGGACCAACGUGGCCCAAAUCCGCAUGGCUUACAGGCACGAGACGCUGUGCAACGAGCUCAGCUUCCUGGUAGAUGCCGUCAAGUCGGCUGCUAUUGUCGCGCAGUCACAGUAACUACAGCUUGUCACAAGCAGACUGCUGCCUUGUGCGAUGAGGCCAGAUUAUUCAGUAGCUGCUCACGUCCGCUUUGAUUGCCGUGCUAAAGCCAAAUAGAGAGAAAUGCAGGCGCUACGCCUCUGCUUGAACAUUAGAAAUAUAGCCAAAUACACAAAUGCAUGCACACUGUAUAUUGUACAUAUAAGGCUUUAUGAUGGUCAUUUAUUUUCAACUCUUUGAUUAAACAUUUUAUUAAUUUUUGUACAUUUCAUCCUUAAAAAGGGGAUGUGGGCUUUAUCCAGUUAAUCAUCAGUGCAGGCAGACUGAGACUCUCACUUUGACUGAGUGAGGAAAUACUUCACCAGGACAAGCCAACUGCACAGGCCAGCCUACUGUAGUCCUACAGGAUGGAGCAUGAUAACACCAUGACCUACUGUGCUGCAGGUCUCCAGUUUAAAACCACUCUGAGGAGGAAUUUUACUUCUGAGGGAAAAAAUGCAGCACUGCAUUUCCUCCUUACAGAUUUUAUGCUUGCUAAACAUUUCCUUUGUUUAUUCUGCAACAUAGCCUGAAUGAAUCUUUACAUUCAUUAGAUGCAUUAAGUGGCCACCUGCAUGUAAAUUGACAUUCUACACCGCAGUUCAAAAAUUUGGGAUUACUUAGAAAUUUCCUUGUUUUCCAUGAAAACAUACGUGAUGUGAGUUUGAAUAGGAAAUACCGCUGAAUAGAUAGAAAAUAGUCAUUGACAAAGUUAGAAAUAAUUGUUUUGUUCUUCAAAUUCUGUUUUCGUUAGAGUCCUCCAUUUGUCGCAAUUACAGCCUUAUAGACCUUCUAGACAUCAGUUUGUUGAGGUAAUCUGAUGAGAUUUCACCCCGUACGUCCUGAAGCAAGCUGGAUUGGCUUGAUGGGCAUCUCUUAUAUACCAUUCGGUCAAGCUGCUCCCAUAACAGAUCAAUUGAAUUGAGAUCCGGUGACUGUGUUGGCCUCUCCAUUAUAAAUAGAAGACCAGCUGACUGCUUCUUCCCUAAAUAGCUCAUACUUAGAUUGGAGCUCUGUUUGGGUCAUUGUCCUGUCGUAGGAUGAAACUGGCUCCAAUUAAGUGCCAUCCACAGGAUAUAGCAUGGCGUUGCAAAAUGGAGUGAUAGCCUUCCUUCUCCAAGAUCCCUUUCACCCUGUACAAAUCUCCCACUUUACCAUCACCAAAGCAGCCCCACACCAUCACAUUGCCUCCACCUUGCUUGACAGAUGUCAUCAAGCACUCCUCCAGCGUCAUUUAAUCUGAUCUGCAUCUCCCAAACGUUCUUCCUUGGGAUCCGAACACCUUAAACUUAGAUUCAUCUAUCCACAGCACUUUUCUCCUUUCUUCCUCUGUCCAUGUCUGUGUUCAUUUGCCCAUCUCAGUCUUGCCUUUUUAUUGGCCAUUCUGAGAUUCUGCGGCUUUUUCUUUGCAUUUCUGCCUAGACGGCCAGCAUCCUGGAGUUUCCUCUUCACUGUUGAUGUUGAAAUUGGUCUUUAGCAGAUACUAUUUAAUGAAGCUGCCAGUUGCCUAUGAGGCAUCUGUUUCUCAUACUACAAGCUCUGACGUAUUUAUCCUCUCGCUCAGUUGCGCACCUGGGCCUCCCUCUCUCCUUUCUAUUGUGGUUAGAGUCAGUUUGUGCUGCUCUGUGAAGGGAGGAGUACACAGCAUUACACGAGAUCUUCAGUUUCCUGCCAAUUUUUCACAUGAAACAGCCUUCAUUUUCAGAAGAAGAAUAGACUGAUGAGUUUCGGAAGAAAGUUCUUUGUUUCUGACCAUUUUGAGCUUGUAAUCAAACCCACAAUUGCUGAUGAUACUCAACUAGUCCAAAGAAAGCCAGUUUAUUUGCUGCUUUAAUCAGCACAACAAUUUUCAUCUGUGCUAAUAUAAUUGCAAAAGGGUUUUCUAAUCAUCAAUUAACCAUUUAAAAUGAUGAACUUGCAUUAGCAAACACAACAUUCCACUGGAACAACGGACUAAUUGUUGCUGAUAAUGGGCCCCUGUACAUAUACCAUUAAAAACAGGCAUUUCCAGCUAUGAUUAACAUGAACAAUGUUUACACAGCAUUUCUGAUGAAUCACAUGUUACUUUAAUGGACAAAAAAACAUGCUUUUUUUUUACAAAAGCAAGGAAAUUUCUAUGUGACCCCAAACUUUUGAACAGUACUGUACAUACACUUGACUGCACUGCUUCUCGUCAUCGCUGGUUGAGGUAAAGAAAUUGUUCCUGACCACAGCAUCUACCCUUUCCUUGUGCUACAAGCUGCAUUUUAACUACACUGAUCUCAACUAUUUGGCAUUCUUAUGCACAAUGCAUUUUAUAUGAAUAUAUGGACACAUUCGUAAGUGUUACUGCCAAUGCGAGAGACAAUGUAAAUACUUUUGUUCAUUGCAAGAUGUAAUAAGGUUAGAAACCACCUCAUGACACAUUUUCCAUUGUCCAUAACUUUAUACCAACAACUAAACUUCAUUGAGUUUUCAAGCAAGUACUUUUAGCUUCUUUUCAGGUAGAAAAUACAUUUUAAAACAAGUUCUUUUUGGUAUGAAAAAGGAUGAAUAGAAACAGUAGGAAAACAGAUUUGUAAAAGAAAUAAACUAAACAUCUGUAGGUAUGUGUUUUAUAUUUAAACACAAGACAAAUACUGUGAAGAUGGGUUUGAACAUUUUAUCAUGCACUCAGAUAAGUAAAUGACUUUUGUAUGAUCUAAAGAAAAUGCAGAUUCAAAUAUUUGCAAAUGCAAGUGUACCUAUAUCUAAUAAUUAAAAAAUAGCAUAUUGCUAAAUUAUAAA